AUGCGCCGCACACGGCCACGGGCCACGCGACGACCGCCGGGCAGCCCCCUCCCGACGGCCGCGGCGGCAGUGACCGUGGCGCGCCACGCCGCGCGCCACCCCGGCCCCUCGGGGGACGGCGGAGUCCGGGGGAGACGGGAGGCGCCUCCCGACUCCCCGCGGGCCCGACCGCCCCGACCCCAAGGUACCUGGAAAGGGGAAGGCGGGCGAGGGGCACGGCGCGCCCCCACGGGCCACCGCCCCGACGCCGACCACCGACCGCCGACCACCGCGCCCCCGCCCGAAGCCGCGCGCGGGCCUCGGCGCUGCCGGCCCGUGACACACGGGGGGCCCCCGCCGCGCGCCGGUCGACCGCCGCCCGGAGGGCCCCGCCGGGCGCCGGACAGCCAGCCCCACCGGCCCCCCCCGGAACGGGGCAGAGCCCUUUCCCCACCGCAGCGCCCUCACACGCUCCCCCCCCCCGCCCCCCAGCCCCGAGGCCCGGAGGGCGCGGGGAGGCGCCCGGCGACCGCGGGGCAGGCCCAGAGCGGCGGGACGACCGACGACGACCGGCCGAGGCGGACCGGUCCAGGGCCGGCGACGCGGGAGGCGACGGGGCAGGGCGAGCGGCCCCACGACGGGGAGAGCCGCCGCCCGUCACGCCGCACAGCCCGCGAGACGCGACCGGAGGACCCGCGCCGCGCGGGGUCCGCGGGCCGGGGUGGGGGAGAGGCGGUCGUGGCCGGCGCCACGGGCGAUAGUCAAGUUCGACCGUCUUCUCAGCGCUCCGCCAGGGCCGUGGGCCGACCCCGGCGGGGCCGAUCCGAGGGCCUCACUAAACCAUCCAAUCGGGCGGGGCGGCGGAGGCCGGGCGGCGAGGACGCGGCGACCGGCCCGCGGGGGGGGCGAGACCGGGGACCCCCGUCCCGCGCUCGGGCGAGCGCACCGGGGCGGGGGGCGCCCCCUCGUCCGGCACGCGACGGCGGCGGCGGCGGCGACGACACGGGCGACGGAUCGGGGCCGCGGCGGGCCCGGGAAGCGAGGCACACCGGGGCACGGCCCCGGGGAGCAGCAGACGGCGAGGGGACCGAGGCGGGCGGACGGACGGAGAGGGGCACCGACGGGAUGCGGCCACGCGGGGCCGACACCACGCGACCGGCGGCGGAGGUGGGGUGGCCGCGCGCCACCGCGAGGGGAACGGCCCAAAGCGACCCGGGGGAGGGGACGCGAGUCGGCCGCCGGGGCCCACCGCGGGAUCUCACCGCCACAGGCCCUCCCGGCACAGGGGCGGUCCCGCGGCACCACCCGGGGACGACCGCCUGGCGCCCCCACCCUCGCGGGGCUCACGCCCACCGCCACCCACGGAGCCGCAGCCGGCCCGGGGAGAACACUCUCCCGCCGCACACCGGCGCCCCCCCUCCCCCCACGGCCCUGACGCGCGCGGGGCCCCCCGCCCCGCCCCCCUCGCUCAGGGCUCCGAGGGCACUGCUCCGCCCGGGGACGCCACCGGCCCGGCAGAGGCCGGGGGACGACACCCACGUGAGGCGAGGCGAGGCCGGCUCGGGCCCAGACAGGGGACCGGAACGCGGGCGGUCGCACGCGCGGGACGAGGAGAGGCGAGGCCGGCGGCGGCGGCGGGGAGGGGCCGGCAAGCACGCACGGCGGGGGCCGCGGGACAGGGACGCGGGCGCCGUCCGGGGACCAGAGGAAAGAGACCGGGCACGCGGCCGGGCCCCCAGGAACACCAGCGCGGGAUCCCACCGCCACCCGCACGCGAGGGCGGUCCCGCGACGCCCGGGGCGCCGGCCGGCCCCGGCCAUCCCCGGAGCGUGGCCCACGACCCGGCCCCGCCGCCAGGGCCGGCGAGCCGUCCACCCGUCUUCCGCCAUCCAUCCGCGACAGGUCCGUCUUCCGUCUGAGUCCCGAGGCGCGACACCCCGGGCACAACGCUCUCGAGCGAGGCGGCCCGGACCGUGA